GCUUUUUUCGCCUAUUGUUUCUUUAGAAGCGAAAAACAAAACAAAAACUAAUCAUUACCAAUGGCUUUACCGAUCGCUACGUCUUCUUCAGAAACAAAAGAUCUUUUACGAAUGGAGCGCGUUGGCGCCCAUUCCCACAUUCGUGGUUUGGGUCUCGACGAUGCACUUGAGCCUCGCAUGUCCUCGCAGGGUAUGGUGGGUCAACUCAAAGCACGCAAGGCCGCCGGUGUCAUUUUGCGCAUGAUCGAAGCCGGUCGAAUCGCAGGCCGCGCCAUUCUCAUUGCCGGCCCUCCUUCCACCGGUAAAACCGCUAUUGCUAUGGGCAUGGCACAAGCUCUCGGUAGCGACGUUCCAUUCACCAUGUUGGCUGCUUCGGAAAUCUUUUCACUGGAGAUGUCAAAAACCGAAGCUUUAACGCAAGCAUUCCGUCGAUCGAUUGGUGUCAGAAUCAAGGAGGAAUCGGAGAUCAUUGAAGGUGAAGUGGUGGAAAUUCAGAUUGACCGAUCAGUCACUGGGGGAUCGAAAACGGGUAAAUUGACGCUCAAGACAACGGACAUGGAGACCAUUUACGAUUUGGGUCACAAGAUGAUCGAAUCGCUCAACAAAGAAAAAGUGAUGGCUGGUGAUGUGAUUACCAUUGAUAAAGCUUCUGGCCGUAUUUCCAAACUUGGCCGUUCUUUCACACGAGCAAGAGAUUACGACGCCAUGGGUUCGGAUACCAAAUUCGUCCAAUGUCCUGAAGGCGAAUUGCAAAAGCGUAAAGAGGUGGUUCAUACAGUGUCGUUGCACGAAAUCGAUGUCAUCAAUAGCAGAACACAGGGUUUCCUUGCACUAUUUUCUGGCGAUACUGGUGAAAUCAAAGCCGAAGUGAGAGAUCAGAUUAACGGAAAGAUUGCCGAAUGGCGAGAAGAAGGCAAAGCCGAAAUCGUGCCAGGCGUUCUGUUCAUUGAUGAAGUUCACAUGCUUGACAUUGAAUGUUUCUCCUUCCUGAACCGAGCUUUAGAAGAUGAUAUGGCACCUGUGGUCAUUAUGGCUUCCAAUCGUGGUAUCACCAAUAUCCGUGGUACCAAAUAUAAAUCUCCUCACGGUAUCCCCGUCGAUCUGCUGGAUCGUAUGUUGAUCAUUUCCACAAAAGCUUACGAAGAAAACGAAAUCAGACAAAUUUUGACCAUUCGAUGUGAGGAGGAAGAUGUUGCCAUGACAGACGAUGCCAAGGAUGUUCUGACAAAGAUUGGCGUGGAAACCUCGCUUCGUUAUUCGAUUCAUCUUAUUACGGCGGCUAAUUUGGUUUCAAGGAAGAGAAAGGCAGCCAUGGUCGACAUCCAAGAUAUCAAGCGCGUGUAUUCACUGUUUUUGGAUGAAAAGCGAUCCGUGCAAUACUUGAAGGAUUACCAAGAUCAAUACAUGUUCAACGAACAAAACGACAAAAUGGCUGUCGACACUGCCAUGGAAAUGUAAAAAGAAAAAGAAAGUGUCUCAUACAAAUAAAACAUUGUCACAUUCAACCCAAUUCCCAUCACCCCGGAGCAUUCUCUGUUUGAUUUUGCAUAGCAGGGUUGGACAUACUCGUAA